AUGAUAUAUAAAAGCAAAGAAGUACUUCGAAAGAAAGCAGGGAAAACCUUCUCGAGAUAUUUGAUUGAAUACAAGCCGAUGCCUUACACGGCAAAGUUGCCAGAAGAUAUGAUCAGAAUGCUCCCGGAGCUGGCGGCAAGCUAUUACACGAUGAAGGCCGACACAGCCAAGGUCGCGGAGAGCAAUGAACGUGAGAUGCUAGAGCUGCAAAAAGACUACGCGCAACAGCUGGAGGCCAAGGGCAUAGUCACCUACGAGGUAGAGGUCGGCGAGGACUACGACGAAGAGAAAGACUAUGCUCCUUUGAAUCCACCAGGGCGUAGGAGGCACCGCCCCGGCGUCAUGAAGAAUCACCAAGGAGAGACGAGGAAGCUUAAUUAA